AUCUAAUAAGUUGAUAACACCGAAAAGAUUGAACGCAGAAAUAUAACUCGACUAAUUGAUUCGCUGAAUUUCGAUAAUAUAAUUUUUUUAAUGUUAAUAUUUAUUAUCUGUUUGUUUUUAAUUCAUAGUUUUUCAAGCAAUUUUUUCUUCACUUUAUUCGAUUUCGUCUACUUUUAUUGCACACUCAAUAAAGUAACAAAUUUUUACAAAAUUCUGAUAUGGCAGCUUUAUGUCUACGGUGCAAGAAAUAAAGUGCAUUUUUAUAAAAAAAGUUAAUUUAAUUGUACAGAGGCUACUCCAAAAAGUAACCAUGAAUUUAAUAAACGGUAUUAGACUGUACAUUGAAAAAAUGUGUAGUGAGUCAGGACCAGGCAUGAAAAACAUGUUACUGGAUCGAGAGACUACUAGCAUUAUAUCAAUGGCUUUUAGUCAGUCGGAUAUGCUGCAACGCGAGGUGUAUUUAUUUGAACGCCUGGAUUCUGGGCGUUCUAAUGAGCGCAUGAAAUAUCUCAAAUGUAUAGUUUUUAUUAGACCAACCAAACAAAACAUUCAACUUCUAGCAAACGAAUUACGUAGUCCCAAAUAUGGUUCAUAUUAUAUAUAUUUUAGUAAUAUCAUACCACGUACUGAUAUCAAAUUUCUGGCUGAAUGUGAUGAGAGCGAAUCUGUAAGGGAGGUGAAGGAGUUUUAUGCUGAUUAUUUAAGUGUGAAUCCCAAUUUAUUUUCUUUAAAUAUACCAAAAUCCAUGCAGCGUUUAAAUUGGCUUCCAGAAGCUUUAACUCGUUCUGUACAAGGUAUUAUUGGUGUAUUGCUAACGUUGAGAUUAAAUCCUGUAAUACGCUAUCGAGCUGGAUCGUCGGUAGCGCAAAAUUUGGCCAAACAAAUAUUUGAGCAAAUCACUAAAGACUCCACACUUUUUGAAUUUCGACAACAAGAAAAUGGAGCAGCUCCACCUCUGCUCUUAUUACUCGACCGUCGUGAUGAUCCGGUCACGCCUUUACUACAUCAGUGGACUUAUCAAGCUAUGGUUCAUGAGCUACUAACAAUACGAAAUAACAGACUAGAUUUGUCUAAUAUUCAAGGCGUACCUAAUGAUUUUAAAGAAUUGGUUUUAUCCGGUGAGCAAGAUGAAUUCUAUAGUAAGAAUAUGUAUGCAAACUUCGGUGAGAUAGGCUCAACCAUUAAAAGUUUAAUGGAGGAGUUUCAGCGUAAGGCCAAGGAUCACAAGAAGGUCGAAAGUAUAGCUGAUAUGAAAAAUUUUAUUGAAUCAUAUCCGCAGUUCAAGAAAAUGUCAGGCACUGUUCAGAAACAUUUAUGCAUAAUGGGUGAGUUGUCUAAUUUAACCAGCAAACGUAAUCUGUUUGAAGUUUCUGAAUUGGAACAAGAAAUAGCUUGUAAGGCCGAGCACUCCGCUCAGCUGCAACGUAUUAAGAAAAUUAUUGCAGAUGAAAGAAUAGCUAUUAAUGAUGCCGUAAAAUUAGUAGUUCUGUAUGCUUUGCGAUAUGAACGUCACGCGAAUUGCGACACUUCGGGCCUAUUGCAAAUAAUCAAAAUGCGAAGCGACCAAGCUCACAUAAUACCUAGUUUGAUUGAAUACGCUGGUACUCAUGUACGGCAAGGAGAGGUAUUUAGUUUGGUACGCAUAACAGAUGCUGUAAAAUUGACACGGAAUCUAAUUAAGGGAUUGAAGGGCGUAGAAAAUGUUUUUACUCAGCAUACGCCACUACUGAAGGAAACUUUAGAAGAUAUUUUUAAAGGCCGUGAAUUAGAUCCAUUAUAUCCGGCCAUUAAUUCAGAAUUAGUGCCAUUUCGGCGACCACCUCAAGAAGUUGUAGUUUUUAUUAUAGGGGGAACUACUUAUGAGGAAGCUUUGGCAGUUCAUCAGCUGAACAAUAACGGCUAUCGUGUCAUCCUGGGAGGAACUACUAUACAUAAUUCGCAAAGUUUCAUCGACGAAGCAUUAGCUGCAACAGAAGGCUUGCAAUUCAAGCAUACGAAGUCUAUGAUGAAAUAUUAUGCAACUUCCGAAAAUUUUUAGAUAUAUUAUUGUGCAAGCGAUACAAAUAUAUUACUUCAGAAUGUUA